GGAGUCUCUCCAUGCUGUGAAGUCGCAAUGUACCAGGUGUGUUCCUGCCGACACAAUCUAAACACCACCUUUAUACCAGCCGUGUUGUCGGACUCCACAUAGCUAAUAAUUGGCCUUCACGGGACCACUCAAACUGGACUAUUUACAUUCGCAGCAUAAUUGAAGGCGUGCGAGCUGCCCCAGGCCACACAGGGCUGUGACGGACAACGACAGGAGAUCUGAGGACAUGGAUAUAUCGUCUUUGUAAACACGUGGAUUAUAGGAAGUCUGGAUUAUCGGUGACCAGUGAGGCUAGCUUAUCGGAGGCUGGUGAUCCUUAUUGGGUUGAUUGACACCUUGACCCGUCCGUGUCCAGGAUCGAGUGAAGGGUUUAUCAGCAUGUUCGAUCAACACUGAGGGGAAGGUGUAUCGCGGAGACUGAAAUAGUUAAGGGAUCCACCCACACAGGUAUACUUGAGAGUGUGUGUGACAUUGUAUUGUGAGUUACCUCGCCGCUGGACGCUGUAAAGAGACUCCGGUAACAGUGACUCACAUCUCACCUGGCUUUGUACUCAUUCACCCCUGUCUGCGCGUUACGGACAGCUGAUACCAAUAACCUACUUCAGCACGUUGUUUAAACCACCUAUGGAAUACAUCUGUUGAGAUUGUCACCUCCCUUUCAUUUUUAUCUCAACCAGGAUGACCCGGAAGUUAAUACCUGACGGCAGACGACAAUCGCUGCUCAAGCAGACGACACAUUGAUGGAUACUGUGUUGAACGCGUAGUGUGAGACGGAUAAGGCGUACUUCGAUAGGCGAUUCCCUUCCAGUGAAGUUCCCCAGCGAUGUUUGUUCGGUGGUAAUUGGUGAUAGUGUGAUUGAUGUCUCCCACUCUGUCCACGGCGAUACUACACAGCGUCUGAUCAGCACCAGCGUAUCUGUAUACGACAUCGUCAACGUAGCCGACAAUGGCUGACAUCGAGUUGACGGGCAUUCGGUCACGUGACCCGGACCGACCCACAUUCGACUCGUCACAGGAAGGCCUCCUGUCAGCGGAAACUCAAGAUCCCGGUUUAGCCAAUGGGAAUGGACACAUCCAGCCUGAAAGCGAGGCUUUCCUUGGACUCGGAGGCGUCGACAAGCCCACGUCGGUCUCCGUGUUCAAGAGACCAAGACGGAAAUGGUGGAUUUUAGUGAUAAUAAUAUUCCUUGUGGCGAUCUUAAUACUUGCAGUAUUCGUGGGAGUGUUCUUCAGUGUUUCAAAAGGUAAUGAAAUGAGGCCUGCUACAUGGCUCAACUCAACGACCAUCAACGCCUCUUUGGUGGUCCCUCCUCCAUCUCCAUCUCCAUCUCCGACGCCUAAACCACCACCCGAACUCUACAUCCAGAAAUUCCAGUCUUUCAGGGAUUCCAGCAGCAGCAAGCUAUUUGAAGUCACAUUCAGUAAUGGAACGACACUCCGGACCUUUGGCCACAAGGGCAUGGAUGGGAGCUUCCAUUCCUUGUUCUCUAUAAGUGUUGGAGACGCCAAAGGGUCGGACCUCACCCACAUCCAGUUUAAAGGAGAAAACAAUUUCGCUUCUGUUAUGUUACCCGACGGUACUAUUGUUAGCUAUGAUUGGACACACGGAUUUAAGAGUCUGGAGUGCAAAGUAUUUUCAGUGACAAAACCGGGUGACGAUAGUUCGGUUCCGCUAUCGCACAUUGUUACGUUACCCCUCGGAACGUAUUCGGAAAUAUUCGUUCGUAUUUCCAAAGGACUCAUCAAACCUCAUGUUCAGUCACGGACUAAUGUUUCUCGCGAGGAGUGCAACUCCCGUCUCCCCCUGCGUGUGACCAAGUGUGGGGGGCAGUACACAUACCACGGGUCGUUCAUCCAGGGGUUACUCACCACAGAUGGGGGCCCACAUGUCAUGAUGGACGCUCUGCCCUGGCCAACCACCCAGGAUAAUUGUCACGAGAAUCAGAAAGAGAUGCCCAACUACUUUUUACCCCUUCCUUUAGGUGGAAAUGUGUCAGCUGAAAAAAUGAAGGAAUCUUUUUGCUCAAGCGGGACAAAUGUGUUUAUAAACUUGUGUUUAUCGAUCGAGGGAUCGGAUACGACGCUAGACCACGACAUUUGCACCGAGGUCGCGCGUACGGUCAAAAAUGAGAGAGAUGUGCUUUAUAAUCAUAUAUAUGGCAGCUGUUUUAAAAUCUUUCAUUCCAUUCGUCUAACAUGUGUAGCACUUAAGGUGUCCAGUUCCAAAGGUGUGAGUACCAACGACUUCGGUCUAUCUAAACUGGAGAUUUAUCAGAGUCUGUGUAUGAACACCAGCAGCACCCUGGACGUCUUACGGGGCUCGCGUCUCGUGGUCGGUGUAACGGCCUACUGCCCCUCGGUCCUUCCACUCUCUUCUUAUCAGCAGCAUAUAUAUUUGAACCAAUCAAAUCCAGGCACUCUUCAAAAUAUGAUUCGCAUAAACUGUCCUAGUUCACCGGAAGUGACGCGAUUCGUACUAGGGCAUAAAUACAUUGGUCCAUCUCCAUCCGGACUUAGUAAGGGCGGGAUGGUUGAUCACAUCCUCCGUGUUUGUGCCACGUGCGCCUUCGGGACUAAGAUGGAGGUGGAGGUGACACGUGACGACACGUGUUGCUAUAACAACUGCACCCGGGCAAAACUUUGUGAAAUUGGCCCGAACACUCGUCAGAAGGAGAUGAGUGAGUUUGACAAACACAGUGACAUGUAUUGCCAUCAAUUCCUGGCAGGAUUCAACAAUACAAUGCCAUCUGUUGAUAAAAAGUGUGUGAGUGGCUGUAGGAUGGAAUUCAGUGUGAACUUCAAGCUUUACAACACUGAAACAGAGCAAGUAUUUUAUCACCAGACACUCACGUGCGACCAGGACAAUAGUUUCUCGUGUAAACGGACGUUCGGGAGGUAGUAAUCUCCCCUUUGUGUAACAUGUCAUCCAUGUGUGUGUUCUUUGGUCGUCAUCUCCCUUUGUGUAAUACGUCAUCACAAUGUGUGUUCUCUGACGUUGGCAUAGUAUCAUGCAUUACCAGUCAUACAGUCGUGCAACGGCUCAUAAUGUGACUCUUCAUAACUAUCGUUCAAUUGUGACGAUACCACGUUUUACAACAGGGAUAAUAUUAUUGUGGCCAGUGUGCAGAAUACGUCAGUAUCCAGAAUUCCAGAGUUUGUUUGAAAAAAGCAUUACAUUAAGCACCAGCAUAAACAUUCCAAGCAACGCUUGCCGAGUGACUGUCCUGUGUACAGUGAAUCCUUUCUUCUUUCUUUCAGCUUCAAUUUAUUCUAUUCAAGUCACUAUGCUCAAUGCACUCUUCUAUUCGCACACCUGUUGUCCUGCUGAGGCUGUGAGGCUGAAACAGUUACGGAGUAUCCAGCAUGGGAUGUAUUGUUGGACAGACAUUACUAGAAGUUGACGGUUGACAAAGUAGAGACAAUUAAUGGAUAACAGCUUCUUUAUUCACUGUUAAAGCGCGCUUGACAACGGUAUAAGGAUCUAUACCGAAACGUCGCCUUUACAGUAAAUAAAGAAGUUGUUAUCCAUAAAUUGCCUCUACUUUAGCAUGGGAUGUGUUGAUAUCUUCAGUGCCCGGAGGGUGCUCCCGUGUCGCCUGUUCUUGGAUGGGUAUAUGUUGUGAACCAGUGUUUAGUAUUAUUUCUUUCUGUGAUUGCUUCUAAUCGUGAAGGGACAGCUGCACUGUCUCCUCCAACAUUCCAUGUCUGAUGUCUGUGAUAUGGCGUCUGAAUGUUCCACAGUUGUGUUGAGAUUUUGUUCCAGAGUUCGGUGUCCUUCGUCGGAUCAGAUCUGGUCAUACAAAGCCUUCUUUGCCAAGAGAUCACAUGGCAAGGCCAGUUAUCUGUCAUGAGCCACGAUACAUUCUUAUGCAUAAAUCUCUAUUUUGUGUUCCUAUCUUCAACAGCUUUGUACAUGUAUUUCACGAACGUUUAAUGCUAAGAACCUUUGUCAUAAGUUAGGGUGAUGAUGAAAUUGGGUCAUUAGUUGGAAAUGGGUUUUCAAAAAAAUCAAGAACAUGAGGAACUUGCGACGCGCGAUUUGAUAUUCCCAGAAAAUUCUUGAAAAACAUAUUUCUGCUUCAAACUGUUGAAAGAAAAUAGAAAUUGUCUGCCACCAAAAAUACAUUAUUGCAAGAGGCUUUUUCUUAUCUAGUUCUUCAGCUGUAGAUGAAAAAAUCUAGUCUCCUCCCUCCCCCAAUCCAGAUGAUCAAAUGAUCGGAACCUUGUAAAGUUUAUCUCAAAUCAGCCAUUUGUAAACCCAUUUCACCGAUGCCACAACAAGUAGAUGAUAUCAAGGGAAUCAAAUUUGCUCAAUGUUACAAAUUAGAAUCUUGAUAAUGUGGGUAAAACUGUAUGAAUGUAGGCCUAGGAGAUUGCCCUCAUAUUUGAAGACGACCGUGAUGUGUUGUCUAUUGCUCGAUAUUUGGCGUUAAUCAUGUCAGGUUCUUUAGCAUAAAGGAAACAUGCCCGACGACGGGAGCUUAAUCAAUCAUUGCAGAGCUAAGUCAGGCGGAGUCGUGUACAUAGCACAGGGAUCACGUGGAUGGUAAUACAAACAUCAUAUUCAAUCUCUGUUGUGUAUAUAUGUAUAUAUAUUCUUACUGAUUGUUAUUUCCUCACAUUCACAGUUAUCCAUGUAUUUAUCAUCAUAUGUUUACAAGGUCGAGUUAUGUGUUUGAUAUUUGCGGAAAUUGUUAAAUAUUUGAAGAUCACCUAACAGCAAUUUAUUUCUAAUCACCCUCAAAUGUUUUAUCGCUAUAUUUGCACAUGAACACAUGGAAAAGGAUCUGCACAACCGAUGUGGUGAUCGAGUUUUGUCCGUGGCUUCAUAUAAAGGUUUAGUAUCCACACACGACCGAAUCCGAGGGUGAAUCAGCCAGCGAGAUCUUUCGUCACCACUCGCCCCUUUCCGUAACCUGCAGGAAGAUCCGUUUACUAUCGACUGGACUUAUGUGCGAAAACGUGUACGACUAUGAUUAAAAUUCGAUGAGUGAAUUCCUCGUUAUAAAUCUUCGUUUAUAGUAAAGAAUAAACCCAGCAGUUGCCAAUUUCCUCUUUGGUCGUAAACAGCAACUGUGUUUUUAAAUUAUACGUAAAACUUGCGAUGCCGAAUCGCAAGUUGUUCAACAAAUUGACUUAUCUAUACCGUUUUCCCGCUUGCUCUGAGACGGAACCCAGUUAAUAAAAUGUCCACCAUAGGGACACGAAGUGCCAUUCGGCUUAUCCCUGAAUGACACGAGUGGUGACGAAUGCAGUGUGACCUUCCGCGUGGAUGCUUAGUGAUGUUUGAGGUCAAGUGAUGAUAAUAGCUUACAGACGCAAUGGGACAAUUCAGUGCCCUCGGUUUCACGCACGAUAUUUUUUUCCCCAUUCAUGAGAACAUUUUUAUCCGUUGAUAGUUUAUGCAAUGAAAGUGCUAUUUAUUUCUUUAAUUUGUGCAAUAUGUUCAUAUAAAAUACACUGAUUGUUUCUAUCGUCCAACAAUUCA